UCCACGCUUUUUUUGCCGAGCUUCGAUCGUCGGGUUCUGCUUUCGGGCGUUUCAUUGCGAUGCGCAGUUCCUUGAGAUCUCUGGCUUAUAUCUCGAGAAAAGCUCUCCCUUUUCCGAUCCUCCUCGACGGUCUCUCCCUUCUUCCCUCGAGAAGAUCGAGCAAAUGCCGGCUCCACUCCUCGCAUCGACCCGCAAGACCGAGUCGCGCCAACCGUUCCUGCGGAGCGGCGAAGAGGCCGGUCAAGCCCAUUGCCCGCCAGAAUGUCGACCCAGAGACGUACAUGAGGGACAGAAUCGCCAACGUCUACAGGAUCCUCAAGUAUUCCACCUGGGACUCUGCCCAGGAGCAGCUUCAGAGGCUGCCCGUGAAGUGGGACUCGUACACGGUCAACCGGGUCUUGAAGACCCACCCGCCGAUGGAGAAGGCCUGGCUCUUCUUCAACUGGGCCUCCAAAUUGAGGGGCUUUAAGCACGACCAGUACACUCACACGACGAUGCUCGAUAUCUUCGGGGAAGCGGGGAGGGUGUCGUCGAUGGAGCGCGUGUUUGAGCAGAUGGUGGACAAGGGGAUUAAGGUCGAUGCGGUUACGUACACGUCGCGGAUGCAUUGGCAUUCCAGUGCCGGGGAUGUCGAUAAGGCGGUCCAGAUUUGGGGAGAGAUGAAGGAGAAGGGGUGUUGUCCUACCGUUGUGUCCUACACUGCUUAUAUGAAGAUUUUGUUCGAUAAUGAUAGGGUGAAGGAGGCUACUGAUGUUUAUAAGGAGAUGGUCGAAUGCGGCUGUUCCCCGACUUGUCACACUUACACUGUUUUGAUGGAGUAUCUUGUGGGUUGUGGAAAAUAUGAAGAAGCUCUCGAGAUAUUUAACAACAUGCAAGAAGCUGGUGUUUCACCCGAUAAAGCGAUGUGCAAUAUAUUGAUCAAGAAAUGUUGCAGGGCAGGGGAAGUGACUACGAUUAUUAAAAUUCUUCUCUUCAUGAAAGAAAACUGUCUCGUUCUUCGUCGUCCUGUUUUUCAGGAAGCAAUGGAAUUCUUGAAUAGUGCUGGGGAGAGUGAUGAACUUCUACGGCAAGUCAAUCGUCAUUUCUCUGAUGAAUGUGUGACAAAAGAAGAGACGGCUGAAUCCUUGAUAGAUGCUUCUGAUGUAUCUGUUUCUUCUGAAAAUGGGAUUCUUUUGCUUUUGUUGAAGAAGCAAAGUCUCAUUGCUAUUGAUCUUCUACUCUCUUUGAUGGAGGAUAAGAAUAUGUACUUGGAUGCGGCAAUUACCUCCACCAUAAUUGAGGAAAACUGUAGACGGUGUAGAGUAGAUGGUGCUUUAUUGGCAUUUGAAUACAGUAAGAAGCUGGGGAUUGGUAUUGAGAAAGGUGCAUAUCUUUCACUUAUAGGUUGCUUAAUUAGAUCGAAUGAAUUGGGGAGAAUGGUAUUAGUAGAUGCCAUUGAGGAAAUGAUGAGAGCUGGGCAUUCUCCAGGUUCCUAUCUAGCUUCACUUCUAAUCUAUCGACUAGGCCGUGCUAGAAGACCUACGUAUGCUGUGAAGGUCUUCAAUCUAUUGCCACAGGAUCUUAAAUCGGUUGCUUCUUAUACUGCUCUGGUGGGUGUGUACUUCUGUGCUGGGGCUGCUGAUAAAGCACUUAAAGUGUACAAAAGCAUGAGAAAGGAAGGAAUCCGUCCAACAUCAGGAACUUAUGAUUUGCUGUUAGCUGGUCUAACAAAAAGCCGAAGAGAUUUUGAAGUGGAGCUCUUCAAGAAGGAAAGGAAGAGUUGGUUAAGUGACGGUCGUGCAGAAGAUAGAGUCUCCACAGAGGAAAAUAUAUGUGACCUUCUGUUUGCUCGUGAUGCUACCUCUUGACAUCCUACUCGGAAGAUUUAUCUGCAGCCAGCUCUCUCACGGAUCGGAUACCAGCUUCCAAAGGAUGAUAGGUCAAUGAUGGUAACAUGAUGGGUCCCGAAUGCUUUGGCUCGCCCGUGCUAGAAUGCUCCCUGUAUAAGUACUUGGUGAUUGGUCAUGCUACCCAACUUAGCUCCGAUCCAUGACCCUGAAGACACUCCAACUACUUGCAUAGACAACUGAAGAUCGUUGCAACAAGAAUCUCGGCUACCACCCUGUUCCCUCGGCUCCCAGUACUGUGGAGCUACAAAACAAAGGUAUGGCCCCAUUUACAGUGAUCUUCUGGUGCCGCCUCAAGCACACAGGAGAGAACCUUAGCAAGUAAUUGAGGACAUCAAAGUACAAGGGAACAACAACCAAGAGAUAUAUGUAACCAGGCCCAUCUCAGUGCUAAGUAAAUAUCGUAGACGCUGUGUCGCCGCCUCCAGAGGGACUGAACUCGGGCUAUUGGUAAUUUAAGAUGACCACGCUGCCACUGCUGCGGAGAGUUGCUGUUUAAGAUGGCUUCUCAGUUAAUUAGCCAACUCCCCCUCCCUCAGAACAAGAAGCUCACCAUCCAAUAUAUCACCAGCGACAGGAACAUGCAGCUUUACAGGAACGAUCUCGUCUUGAUUUUGGUUCUGAAUCAGCCAUCAUCUUCCAAUUGUAUCCAUGCCAUUGAGCUGCAUAUGGGGCACAAUGAAUCAAAUCCCUGCGCCACAAAGAAAAGUUAUGCUGUUGCGUUGCAAUUGUUUCUAUUCACCCGUCAAUUUGGUCAGUUUAUAUGAUCUGUAAAUGAUAGGCACCUGAUUGUGUGGAAAGUAAUUGCCUCGCUUUAACUUGCUUAAAUAAAACUCGACGUCUUCUUCAUUUUGUCUGUAAAUGAGGAUGCCUGUAGCCUCUGUUCUGAAUAACGAAUGCCUACUCAACUUUACCG